UUCUGAAUACGGAAGUUGACACAGAGAGCUUUGAGGAAAAACUAACUCAUGAAUCACUGAUAAAGCUGAUGGAGGGCACUAGCUCUAACAGGAGCCCACCCUCCCCUACACCCACCCGUGUGUCCAUGAAGAGUGAUGAGUCCAAUCACAGAGGAAUCAACUUUACAGGAGGAGACUCUUCAACUGGACACCCAAAGAACGAGAGCAGGUCCAAAGAUUUGCCAAUCAACCCUAAAGGAGAAAACUCAUCCAUUGGAAUAUGUCAGCAGAACCAUAAAUCCCAUCUGCAGAAGAAGUUUAAGUGUCUGAUUGAGGGAAUCCCAAAGCAGGGAGACACCAGACUCCUCCAUGAGAUCUACACAGACCUCUACAUCACAGAGGGGGGAGAAGGAGAGGUCAAUGAUGAACAUGAGGUCAGACAGAUAGAGGAAGCAUCCUGGAGAGAAGCAGCACAAGGCAGACCAAUCAAAUGCAGUGACAUCUUUAAACGCUUACUGGAAGAGGAAAGACGCAGAAAAGAACACUUCUUGAAAAAAGAAAGACUCAGAAAAGACGAGGCAGAAAAGAGGGGCAGAAACUUCAACCCCAAACAAUACAACCCCCUCAGAACAGUGCUGACAAAGGGAGUGGCUGGCAUUGGAAAGACUGUUUCUGUGCAGAAAUUCAUUCUGGACUGGGUUGAAGGAAAAGCCAAUCAGGAUGUCCACUUCAUAUUUCCUCUUCCUUUCCGGGAGCUGAACCUGAUGAAGGAGAAGAAACUCAGUCUGGUGGGUCUUAUUCAGUACUUUUUCCCAGAAAUCAAAGAUCCCAGAGUCUUCUCCAUUUCAGAGCACAGAGUCAUGUUCAUCUUUGAUGGUCUGGAUGAGUGUCGACUUCCUCUACAUUUCCGCUCCAACCCGACCUGUUGUGAUGUGACAGCACCAGCCUCAGUGGACGUGCUGCUGACAAACCUCAUCAAGGGGGAUCUGCUUCCCUCUGCUCUCCUCUGGAUCACCACCCGACCAGCAGCAGCCAAUCAGAUCCCUCCUGAGUGUGUGGACCAGGUGACAGAAAUAAGGGGAUUCAAUGACCCACAGAAAGAGGAGUACUUCAGGAAGAGAAUCAGUGAUGAGAACCUGGCCAGCAGAACCAUCACACACCUGAAGUCAUCCAGGAGCCUCUACAUCAUGUGCCACAUUCCAGUCUUCUGCUGGAUUUCAGCCACUGUUGUAGAGAAAACAUCAAAAGAAUCAGACAAAGCAGAAUUGCCAAGAACUCUGACUCAAAUGUACACACACUUCCUGAUGAUGCAGACAGGCAUAAAACAUGUCAAGUACUCAGAGAGAAAAGAGACAGAUGAAGAGGUGAUUUUCAAACUGGGGAAACUGGCUUUCCAACAGCUGGAGAAAGGCAAUCUGAUCUUCUAUGAGGAAGACCUGAGAGAGUGUGGAAUUGAUGUCACAGAAGCAUCAGUGUAUUCGGGAGUGUGUACUCAGAUCUUCAGAGAGGAGGCUGGGUUUUACCAGGGGAAGGUGUUCAGCUUUGUGCAUCUGAGCAUCCAGGAGUUUCUUGCAGCUCUAUAUGUGUUCCUCUGUUUCAGCACCAGACAGAGAGACAUGCCUGGCCAACAGCAGACCUCUCAGCUCUCUGCUCUGUUCAGAGCUGCAACACUUUAUGACCUACACAAGACUGCAGUGGACCUGGCCUUACAGAGUAAGAAUGGACACCUGGACCUUUUCCUCCGCUUCCUUUUAGGCCUCUCACUGGAGUCCAAUCAGAAUCUCUUAAAGCAUCUUCACCCACAAAGCAGUAGCCAAUCCGAUAGCUCAGAGCAAACAGUGCAGUAUGUCAAACAGAAGAUCAGAGAUCAGAGUAGCUCAGACAGAAGGAUCAACCUGUUCUACUGUUUGAAUGAGCUGAAUCACCAUGCUGUAGUGGAACACAAAGAGAGCUCAGUAUAUCUGCAUGUAGAGAUGCUCUUACCAGGAGAGUGGAAGACUCAGAGAUUUAAGUUUCAGAUGUCAGAAGAGCAGAUGGCUGAGUUUGACCUGCAGAAGUACAUAAAGACACCAGAGGAAGAUCAGACUGAACUCCUCAGUUCAGAUGAAGUUCUUCAGAAGCUGCUGCAGUCAGCAGUCAUAUCAGCUCUGCUGGAGAGGUGUAGUCUGACUGAGAAGAGCUGUUCCUAUCUGGCCUCUGCCCUGACCACACACUCCUCAAGUCUCAGACUGCUGGACCUGAGUUACAAUAAGCUGCUGGACUCAGGAGUGGAACUUUUAUGUUCUGCACUUUGUCAUCAACACUGCAGACUGGAAGAACUAAAGCAGAUUGACUGCAAUCUGACUGAGAAGAGCUGUUCCUAUCUGGCCUCUGCCCUGACUGCACACUCCUCAAGUCUCAGACUGCUGGACUUGAGUACGAAUAAUCUGCUGGACUCAGGAGUGGAACUUUUAUGUUCUGCACUUUGUCAUCAGAAUUGCAGACUUGAGGAACUACACCUAUGGUACUGUAGUCUGACUGAGAAGAGCUGUUCCUAUCUGGCCUCUGCCCUGACCACACACUCCUCAAGUCUCAGACUGCUGGACCUGGGUUGGAAUAAGCUGCUGGACUCAGGAGUGGAACUUUUAUAUUCUGCACUUUGCCAUCAAAACUGCAAACUGGGGGAACUAAAUCUACUGUACUGUAAACUGACUGAUAAGGGCUGUUCCUAUCUGGCCUCUGCUGUGUCCACACACUCCUCAAGUCUCAGAGUGCUGCACCUGAGUCACAAUAAGUGGAUUAGUGCAUCAGCUGUAGAGCAGCUCUCUGCUCUAGUGGAGGACCCACACUGUAAACUGGAGAAAAUAGAGUGGGGGGGAGAUUGGGGUACUAAAUGGAAGGAUUACGAGGAGGAAGAUGAUGCUGAGGAAGACAAUGAUGGGGAUGAAGAUGAGGAUGAAGGCCAUGAUGGCGGGGGGAAGAAGAUAAUUGAGUAGCUCAUUAAGUGAGCUUUUACACACACACACACACACACACACACACACACACACACACACACACACACACACACACACACACGCACACACACCAGUGUCUCUUGUGCAGAAUGUCUGGAGAGGAUCAUGAGCAGCACACAGGAAACAGCCUCAUAGCACAACACACACACACACACACACACACACACACACACACACACACACACACACACACACACACACACACACACACAC